GUGUGCACUGGCGUGGAUCCAAACAGAGAGUAAUGGCUGCUUCUAUUUAUGUCCAGCACCUAGGGGGUCACUUUGUGCAUCAUAUUCCCGGAUUUUGCACUAUAUCCAUCCCAUUCUGUAAAAUGGGGAGGCGAAGUGCCGAAAUUGGAAGCAAUUACCAUAGAAUAUUUUUAAAAAAUUAAAUCAAGGGAAGCAAUCAGCCAAACCUAAGCGUGGAGAGAGCCGAGCACAGGGCUACCGUCAGCUUAUACACGUGCGCGGCUCCGUCCCUCUUUGGCGCCGCUGCUUGGCCUGACCCUUCCCGCGACCUGUAGCGCGGCGGAGCAAGUGCGGAAGGCUUGACAGGCAGUUCGUCGCUAUGGAACCAGAUGGGACCUACGAACCGGGCUUCGUGGGCAUUCGAUUCUGCCAGGAAUGUAACAACAUGUUGUACCCCAAGGAAGACAAGGAGAACCGCAUUCUGCUUUAUGCGUGCCGGAAUUGUGAUUAUCAGCAGGAAGCCGAUAACAGCUGCAUCUACGUCAACAAAAUCACUCACGAAGUGGACGAACUGACCCAGAUCAUUGCUGAUGUGUCCCAGGACCCCACGUUACCACGGACCGAGGACCAUCCAUGCCAGAAGUGCGGCCACAAGGAGGCGGUGUUCUUCCAGUCACAUAGUGCCCGGGCCGAAGAUGCCAUGCGCCUGUAUUAUGUAUGUACUGCCCCACACUGUGGCCACCGCUGGACCGAGUGACCCCUCUCUCUUUCUCCUAAUAAAUGCCAGGUUCUGUUUGUU